CCACGGAAAUAUUUCAGAGUGGUCCCUCACAUCCGCUCGUAGAUUAUACGUCGUUUUGUCGAAAUGAUACAUAUUUCUUUAUUUUAGUAUUAUUCGCCUUUAUGAUCAUCUACUCAAAAAGAUUGUACCACUGUCAAAAGAAACAUUGAGUGACAGCACUGUGUGAAGAUGAUGCGUUAUUGGGGCGAGCUCCCAGUUGCUUCGGCUCCCCCGGGCCGCAGUUCUUUUGACCUUCUGCAGCGUGAGUUCCGCCAGGUGGAGAUGCAGGACCCUCCCUUGCACCAACCUUCUGCACAGCGCCCACGUCCCACUACCAUGCUGGAUAUCCCCUCUGAGCCCUGCAGCCUCACGAUCCACACUGUGCAGCUGAGCCAGCAUGCUCGUCGUCUCCGGGGUCUCAUUGCUUCUGCCCAGCAAGGCCAGCAACCCCUGUCCACAUUAUUAGAUUCCCAGGGUGUCAUGAAACCCGAGGAUGGGGAUGCUCUACCUCCCCGGCCUGCCACACCAACUGUACCUGAUGAUCUGCUUCCACUGGAUAGUAAAGCUCCUCGACAGCCAUUCCAACUACGUCAUAGUGACCCAGAGAGCGACUUCUACAAAGGUAAAGGUGAGCCAGUCACUGAGUUGAGCUGGCCGUCCUGCCGCCAGCUUCUGUACCAGUCAGUCGCCACAGUGCUCGCUCACGUUGGAUUUGAGUCAGCGAAUGAGAGUGUGCUGGAGACUUUGACUGACCUGGUCCACGAACAUUACCUGCGGAUCACCAAGUUGCUGCGCGUGGCUGUUGACAGGGAGGCCGGCCAGGGCUCUACACCCUUCCCUGAUGUGGUGGAACAGGUAUUUCAUGAGGUGGGCAUUGGCAGUGUCCUGGCUCUGCAGCGCUUCUGGCAGACCCGCAUUAAAGACUACCACAGCUACAUGCUGCAGGUCAGUAAGGAGCUCUCAGAAGAGUAUGAGAGACUUGUGAAUCCAGAAAAAGCUCUGGAGGAUUCCAAACCCUUGAAGGUUAAAGAGGAACCAGGGAGUGACACCGCUAUCCCUUUGAGCGAGGAGCCAGAAGCGGAUCUGGCCUCAGGUGACCAAGCCCUUCCCAUCGGUGUUCUGGGCACAUCCAGUGAAAGACUGGCUGGAGGACUGGAAGAGGGACAUUCCCCUCACACAUCAGGAGCAGGGAAUGGCUCUCCCUUGUGGCAUUUAGCCCAGGUGAAGAUGGAACCUCAGGACAGUGAGGAGGGCCAGGUAUCGGCUCAUGGGGUUCUGGGUAGCGACGUCUUUGAAGAGGGCCCCAUGUCAACCAUGAGUGAGGCUGGCAUCCCUCCAUCUCCUGGAGGUUCAGAAGGAAGUUACACUUCCCAUUCACCAGAUUCUCUCAUGGGCACAUCCCCUUUCACUCAGCGGCCAAAGAAGCGGAUGAGAAAAGUAUAAAUAAAGAGACUGAAAGCACUUCCACAGUCAUUGUGAUGCAUAGUAUUACCUUGUGUUGAGACUAGAUGUCUUACCUUUGAAUGGAAGUUUUUAGUGAAAUUAAAUGAACCUGACAAAUAAA